AUGUCGGCGACUGCGACGCAGACCAGCACAAAAUGGUCGGUAGAGUACGACACCGUUCGCCGGCAUAAGCUUUUCAGAAACGCGCCAAAAGAUCGCAGUGCCUUUCCAGCUCUCCAAGCCGCAGUCAAGCCACAUAUCGAGUCCUUCAAUGCCCUGUGGGACGAAAACCUCAUCGACGCCGGGCUCAAAGAUAUAGGGACCUAUACUGUUGUCGAUGGCGACCUACGAAACCCGAGCAGAGCAAUUCAACGCAAUAAGCUUGACCUGAGAGUCACAGAGGUCAUACUAGAGAAACCUACCCUCCCGCCGAGUAACAAGUUCAGCAUCGAAGACCGGAACAUAUACCCUUCGGAAUGUCGAGAGCGGCACACAACCUACCGAGGAAGAUUAAGAGCCAGGCUACAGUAUAGAGUGAAUAAUGGUGACUGGCAGGAAUCUUUACGGGACCUCGGGCAGAUGCCAAUCAUGUUGCGGUCUAACAGGUGUCACCUCGAAAAAUUCUCGCCCGCACAGAUGGUGCGCCACAAGGAAGAGUCUGAAGAGAUGGGCGGCUACUUCAUUGUCAAUGGGAACGAAAAGCUCAUCCGCAUGCUGAUAGCGACCAGGAGGAAUUACCCCAUGGCCAUUUCGAGACCCGCCUUUGCCGCGAGAGGCCCGACGUUUUCGAAGCUCGCAAUCCAGAUUCGCUCCGUGCGACCAGAUCAGACUUCGCAGACCAAUGUCCUCCACUACUUGACAGAUGGCAACGUCACUUUCAGAUUUUCGUGGCGGAAAAAUGAGUAUCUGGUUCCAGUAGUCAUGAUCCUCAAAGCUUUGGUGGAUACGAACGACCGCGAGAUUGCAGAGGGCAUCAUCGGCGCGUCGUCCUCUAAUAAAACACCCAGCUCCUUUGUCGCGGACCGGACAGAGCUUCUGCUGCGGACGUACAAGGCAUACAAUCUCAAAACGAGGACACAAACUCUGGCAUACCUAGGAGAGAAAUUUCGACCUGUUUUAAUGCAGCCUAUAACGAUGUCUGACGAGAAAGUGGGCGAGGAGCUUUUGAGGAAGAUUGUCCUACCACAUCUCGGCAACGUCGAUGUGACUAGCUCCCAAAACAACGACAAGUUCCAGCUGAUUCUAUUCAUGAUCCGGAAACUCUAUGCCCUCGCUGCAGGCGAUUGUGCUCUGGACAAUCCCGAUGCAGUCUCCAGUCAAGAGGUCCUGCUCGGAGGCUUCCUGUACGGUAUGAUCUUGAAGGAAAACAUCUACGAGUGGCUGGUGGGCAUCGGUGCUACGGCUCGAGAAUGGCUUAGAGCUAAGGGCGACGCCAAAUUCACAGAUCCUUCAUUUGAGGCCGACUUCCUGCCCAAAAUAGUCAGGAGGACGAACGAAAACAUUGCAGGGAAGCUGGAAUACUUCCUUUCCACGGGAAACCUGGUCAGUCAAACUGGGCUCGAUCAGUCUCAGGUAUCAGGCUAUACAAUCAUGGCCGAGAAAAUCAAUUUCUAUCGAUUCAUCAGUCACUUCCGGUGUAUACAUCGAGGUGCUUUUUUCGCGCAAUUGAAAACGACCACUGUACGCAAGCUGUUGCCGGAAAGCUGGGGAUUUCUUUGUCCCGUCCACACUCCUGAUGGGUCUCCAUGCGGCCUUCUGAACCACUUAGCUCACCAGUGUCAAGUUCAAAUCAAGCGCAUUGAUACUUCGGGUAUCGAGAAAUCAGUCAUCCAACUCGGGCUAUCUUCUGUGCCCUCAAUGACUGUCAAUGAGAGUCUGUCCGUCCAACUUGAUGGUCGUAUAUUGGGAUAUUGCGCGGCAAAAAGGGCAAGAGAAAUUGCCCAGCUCCUCCGACAUUGGAAGGUGAAUGGAGAGCACAACAUUCCUAAUGAACUAGAAAUAGGCCACAUUCCUACCUCGAACGGCGGUCUUUAUCCUGGCCUGUACCUCUUCACUGACCCAUCCCGGAUGCUACGACCUGUCAAGUACAUUCCCUCAGAUAAACUUGACUACAUCGGGCCAUUUGAACAGCAAUACAUGAACAUUGCUUGUGUGGAUGCGGACAUUAUACCCAGUCUGACCACCCACAUUGAGUUCAAGCCCACAAACGUCCUAUCAAUCCUCGCCAACAUGACCCCUUUCUCAGAUUUCAACCAGUCGCCUCGAAACAUGUACCAAUGCCAAAUGAGCAAGCAAGCAAUGGGGACUCCUUCCUCAAACAUGAUGUGCAGAACAGACAACAAAGCAUAUCUGCUUCAGACAGGGCAGACGCCGGUCGUGAGACCCCCGCUAUACAACGAGUACGGGCUGGACAACUUUCCCAACGGAAUGAACGCCGUCGUGGCGGUCAUCUCGUACACGGGCUACGAUAUGGACGAUGCUAUGAUAAUCAACAAGUCUUCUCACGAGCGAGGGUUUGGUGAUGGUGUCAUCUACAAGACCAAAGUCUACAGACUCAAUGAAGAUGCCAGGGCAGCUCGAUCGAAGACCGAGAUCAAGUCACUUUUUGGUUUUGCAGAGGGCGACCCGAAUAGAACGGAAGAGACAUUCAAAGCGCUUGAUCCUGACGGCCUGCCUCCCGUGGGGACAAAAGUUUGCGAGGGAUCAAUCGUUCUCGCCUACCACAGUGUCAUGUUCGAUCCGUCGGAAGGGAAGCUCAAGAAUCUGGACGGAAAUACCAUGUACUUCAAAUAUAAGGAUACCGAGGAAGCCUACAUUGACCAGAUCAGACUGAUCGGCUCCGAGACUGGAGACCAGCCUUGUCAGGCGAUUAGCAUCAAGUAUCGGAUACCCAGACGACCUAUUAUCGGCGACAAGUUCUCGUCAAGGCACGGUCAAAAAGGUGUCUGUUCUAUGCUGUGGCCGAGCCAAGAUAUGCCCUACAGUGAAUCCGGAAUCCAACCAGACGUCAUCAUCAACCCACACGCUUUUCCGUCUCGAAUGACCAUCGGCAUGUUCGUCGAGUCUCUUGCCGGCAAAUCUGGAGCUCUCCACGGCCUCGCUCAAGAUUGCACGCCUUUCUCCUUUGACGAGGACAACACUGCAGGCAAUUUCUUCGGGGAGCAGCUUCUGUCGGCCGGCUACAACUUCUACGGCAACGAGCCCAUGUACAGCGGUAUCACGGGCAAGGAGUUCGCUGCCGACAUCUACAUCGGCGUGGUCUACUACCAAAGGUUGAGGCACAUGGUCAGCGACAAGUUCCAAGUGCGCACAACGGGACCUGUGAACGCACUGCAUGGCCAGCCCAUCAAAGGGAGAGCCAAAGGCGGCGGGAUCCGUGUUGGUGAAAUGGAGCGUGACUCGUUGAUCGCUCACGGUUGCGCAUACUUGCUGCAAGAUCGACUCAUGGACUGCAGCGACAAACAACGGGCUUGGGUAUGUCGGAGUUGCGGCAGCUUUUUGAGCACCAUGAUGGUGCCGAAUCAAUUCACCAUCAAACGCAGAGGGGGCCGCGUCGAGCCGAGCGGCAUAGUCAGGUGUCGGGCUUGUGCGAGACCCGCGACUUUCGAGGACAGUAAGAUUACCGUGUGGGAGGACGGGGCGGGACGAAAAUUUGUCGGCGGCGAGAACACGACGGUCGUCAAUGUGCCGGGAGUGCUGAGGUAUCUGGAUGUUGAGCUCGCCGCGAUGGGGGUAAGGACCACGUUUGAAAUUGAGGCGUAG